AUGACCAAAUCAAGGGGUACUGGCUGUUGCUGCUCAUAUCAAUGUGGCUUUGCUUCACGCCAAGAGAUGUUAGAAAGCCUGGCUAGUGCCUGUGACCACCGUUUACUAAAUCCAGCCUUCCUUUGUGGCCUUGAUCCUGCUACACCCUUUCUUCUUGGUCUCGAUGCUGACCCAGUUGAUCUUCUUACUAGGUUACCAUUGCCACUCUCACUAACUGGUUCACCCGUGACUACUCCUUUCAAAACCUCACAAUCGCCCCCAUCAAUAUUUAUAUCCUCUGAAUCUGGGGUCCCUAUCCAUUUUUCUGAUGGUUUCUGGAAAGAAGAUAUGAAUCAUGUGGACUGUCCUUCCGCUACGCCGACCACAUUUACAACCACAGUCACAACCGCCUCUGCUUUUAUGACAAAUAGGCCAGACAGCCCUGUAGAUGAGCCUCCAUUUUCACCUUCGCUAGAUGGCCCUGCCUUUAAUGAUUUUACAGCAGCUUCUCAGGCGUCUUCACCUGCCGUACCACUUGAGUUUCCUGAAGUAUUUUGCCCAACUUUUGUGUCCAAAAUGCCUGAUGAAGCUGGAGUUGAGAGGCAGCAGGAAGCAGAUACCGAACUACUAUUUACCUCAUUAGAUUUGAUUGAUUCAGUCGUCGAUGUUAAUCCUGUCAGUCAUGCAGUUAUCCAAACUCCGCCGCCCUCUCCGCAGAUCCAAACAGAAAAAGAAGUUUUUACUGACAGUGGCAAUGAUGCUGAUGAUCUCAUCUGUGACGCCAGUCGAGAGCUGAUUGAUAUAGUUGUGACGGCCACUGGGGUUAACAUCGAUUCAACCCCAGCACCACCAACAUCAUAUAUUCAACCCGUCUCAACACAAUUUUUGCCAGCCAGUCCCCCCCCACUAAUUCACUCUGAACAAUCGGGUAAUGAGAUUAAUCCUACAGAUAUUCAACAGAUAAGUAUAUCGUCGCUAGGAAGCGCCAACUCAGUUGGUGAUUUAUUCUCCUUUGUGCUAAAUUCACGGACUAGUACAGAAGCCGCCCCAACCUCUCCAUUACUUUUUAAUCCUAUCGAGCUACCAGCUGAGCAGAAUAAAUAUCAAAGUUAUUCGUAUCAGACUACACAGUCAGAAGGAAUUUCCGUUCCGAUAUCUUCCAAAGCAUCCAGUCACAGCGUGGAAACUGAUGACACCAUCAAUAUUACCGUUAGUACUGCUACAUGUGAAACGAUGUCGGCCCAAAGUUGUAGCCAAAACAAUGAAGUCCCUACCAGUAUGGAUGAUCUAGUCGUCAGAUUGACGCUUUACUCAGUCAAGAUGAUAUCUAUCCUUGAUCUUCUUACAGCCAAACGGUUGAAUGCCUCGGCAAUAAAGCUGGCUUUGACUGCUCAAAGUCAAGUAUCCCUUCGUCGGACCGGCCUUCCUUCAGUCUACAGCAAUCAGUAA